UUACAACUGUUUGUAAACUAUAGUCUCUAAGAUUGGCGUUGCGUAUAUUGUUUUAUAUUGAUAUGUCCUACAAGAGUGAAGAUAUUUUGGAAACAAAAUCAGAGAAAGGAAGCGGUGGCAGCAAUUAUUUAAAAUUACAGCAGUCGCAAGUAAUACGCAGCAGCCUUCAGGGUAUAUCACAGCUGCUAAACACAGGUCUGAGCGACGAAAGUUUGGACAUAUCCAUUAAGUUAAUAGAAGCAGGAGUGCAUCCGCAAGCACUAGCUGAAGUGAUAACACAAAUUCGACGUGAGGCGGAGAGCACAUGGGCUCCAGAUGAAUCAAAGGAAUCAUAAAGUUCGUAAUGACCUUAAUUUUAUGUGGCCCGCUCGGGAUUAAUCUUUCCAAAUGUCACAGUAGAUCUUGGCUUAUUUAAAAACAUCAUAUUUUAUUGCAAUUUAAAUUGAGAAUUUUAUUACAGCGUUUAAAUAAUAAUGAUAAUAAAAUAAGUUACUUUGUGCAGUACACUAAUAUAUUCCCUUUAUAUAAUUCGCAAAGAAGAAGCAUCGUAAAUCAAAGUUUUUUACAUUUGCACCGUUCUCUGUUCCGGUAGUUCCCUUGAAUUGAUAAGAUACCCUAUGUACCUUCAAGAAAACUUCAAAAUUCCACUACGGAAUGAACUGUUACCAUCUUAGAGUUCGAAGGCUGCAACUCUAAACAAAAAAUUUUGUAAAGCCAAUCGAUUCGUCCAUCCUUAAUUAAAUUUUAAAAUCAUUGCUUAGGUGCAAUCAGCAUAAUAACAUUCUUAUUUAAUGAUUUUUAAA